AUGUUGAACCCUGAACCCUCGCCGCCUCCGCCACCGGUGAUGACUCCGCAACCGGUGAUGACUCCGCCGGCGACACCUCUCAACGGUGAAACGAUGUCGCAUAAGAAAAACCGCAGAACCAGAGUCUCCUUACCUCUGUCCUUGGAAGUGGUUGACCUUGACGUUGACGAGUCCGCUUCCUCCCUCUUUUUCACGCCGAUCUCCUUCAUAGGCUCGACCAAGUCAAACGCCAUCUCCGUGGUGGAGCAGCACGAUGCCGUUUCCAACCCUGUUUACGUCAUUGACCUCUCCGACACCGAGGAUGAUGACGACGUUCGCAUCCUCAAUUUCACUCCGGCAAACACCUCCUUCGGCAAACGGAAAAAGUUCAAGGGAGAAUCCUCCAACUCUGUCCCCUUUGUCUGCGAAAUCUGCAUCGAAACCAAAACUUCCAACGAUGCUUUCUCCAUCAACGGCUGUUGUCACGUGUACUGUAACAACUGUGUUGCGCUCUAUGUGGAAUCGAAGCUUGAGGAUAACGUGGUCAAUAUCAGCUGUCCUGUGCCGCGAUGCAGGGGAUUAUUGGAAGCGGAAGAUUGCCGCUUGAUUCUCACCCCCGAGAUUUUGGAUCGGUGGGGAAAAGCGCUGUGUGAAGCUGUGAUUUCUGUGGACGAGAAGUUCUAUUGCCCUUUUCCGGAUUGUUCUACACUGUUGAUUCGUGAGGGGAAGGACGAGGGUAUCAGAGAAUCGGAGUGUCCGAACUGUAGGAGGCUGUUCUGCGCCCUAUGUACGGUACCCUGGCACGUAGACAUGACAUGCGAGGAGUUUCAGAAGCUGAGCGCGGAUGAGAGGGGAAAAGAAGAUGUGAUGUUGAUGAACCUUGCUAAGGAAAUGAUGUGGAAGAGGUGCCCCAGUUGUGGGUUUUACGUGGCCAAAACCCAAGGCUGCAUGUACAUGAAAUGCAGGUGUGGGAGCGCAUUCUGUUACAACUGUGGGGCUCCUAACUUAACUUUUUCUCAUUCCUGCAACUCCUGUAGACAUUAA